AUGUCGUUGCCCAUUUUGGAAAUGGAAUGGAUGCCAAAUUCCGUUGUAAAACUCAACGUGGGAGGCAAGUACUUUGAGACAACUGUUGAUACACUCACGAAAUAUUCUGACUCCAUGCUUUCUGCUUGGUUCUCUGGAAAAUACUCUGUACUAAAGGAUGAAAACGGUUAUGUUUUUUUGGACAGAGACGGAGACCGCUUCCGCCAUAUUCUAAACUACUUGAGAUGUGGCACUGUCCAUAUUGGAGAAGAUAUUCGUUUAUUAGGUGAAAUAUUAGAAGAAGCUGAAUAUUUCGGUCUUCAAAGUUUGGCACAACAACUCAAAGAAGCUCUUCUCCAGUGCCGUGUCAAACAGGAAGAAAAAGAGUCUUCUGUGUGCGGACGAAUGAAUAACGAAGAUAACUUAUUCCAUCCUAUGUUUGAACCUUUGGACGGAUUUUCGAGCUCUCAGACCUCACAAGGAGAACCUUUAUUGACUUUGCUUCCUUCGAGUCAAGAAUUUCGACUAGAUGAAGACUUCUGAUGCAUCAACAUACAUAUGGUUCGUACGUGCAUAAGACGGCGUCGCAAUCUGCUAUUCAGGGCUGAUUAGAAACUGUACACCUGUAUGCUAUCUCGUUAUCA